UUACUGGCUUCUGGUCAGACUAAGGGAGAUAGAAACAGAAGAGAGACAGGGUUGGAGGGACUUUACUCGCUCCUGAAUGGUGCAUCCACAGAGCUCUGUGGGAUCAGAGGCAUACCACUGAGCUGAAGACAUCUACAGACACAGUAACAGCACUCAGAUACAGACACACACAGAUCUGGAGCAGAUCCAGGAUGGAGCUGUACCUGACCUUUCUGCUGGGGAUCCUGCCCGUUGCAGCUCAAGCAGAAUGGCGGCGUCCUGUGAUCAAGCUAAACUCAGAGGUCGUGGUUGGGCCUGAAGUAGUACUGAACCCUGGCAUCCCAUUGGUCUUGACGUGUGAGGGGGAUGGGCCAGUCAACUGGCUGACCCGGUUGUCCAAACACAAGAGCUUAAUUUCCAAGGACAACGGGAGAGUUAGAACCUUCAGGGUGGACCGUCCCUCUGCAGAACACACUGGGACAUAUAAGUGUGAAUAUACCAGUGUGAACGUCAAGGGCCGGGACUUGUUCUCUACGGUGCACGUAUAUGUUAAAGACCCAGAAAGCCUGUUUUGGACCAGCAGCACCUCCCUGCGUGUGAUGAGGAAGGAGGGGGAGGACCACCUGCUCCCCUGCCUGCUGACCGACCCAGAGGCCACAGACUUGGGGCUCCGCAUGGACAACUGUACCUCCGUGCCCCCAGGGAUGAACUACACAGCAGACCCCCGCAGAGGCAUUCUCAUCCGCAACCUCCACCCCAGCUACAAUGCUGACUAUGUCUGCAGCGCCAAACUCCAUGGGGUGGAGAGGACUUCCAAGACUUUCAACCUCAACAUCAUCCAAAGGCUGCGUUUCCCACCUUAUGUAUUCCUGGAAAAGGAUGAGUAUGUUCAUAUCGUGGGCGAGAAGCUGAGCAUCCACUGCACCACACACAACCCCAACUUCAACUAUAAUGUCACGUGGAAUUACAGCUCCAAAAAGAGAUUUACAAUAGAGCAGAAAGUCCAAUCAGUUGACAGUAACCGUCUGGACAUUGAAAGCAUCCUGACCAUCCCUGUAGUGGACCAAUCAGACACAGGCAACAUUACCUGCAUCGGCACCAACGAGGCUGGAGUCAACAAAUCUACCACCUCCCUGAUGGUUGUAGAGAAGGCCUACAUCCGUCUUUCUCCCCAGCUGUCCUCCAAGCUGGCUCACCAGGGCCUGUCCAUUGACGUGAACGAGGGGGAAGACCUGAAACUCAGUGUCCUGAUCGAGGCAUACCCUCAGAUCAUAGGCCAGCACUGGGACACCCCUACAGCAUCCUCCAUGCAGGAACAAACCUUUACACGCUAUAACAACAGGUAUUCCGCUACCCUGCUGCUCAAGAGGAUGAUUGCACAGGAGCAGGGCCAGUACACCUUCUAUGCCAAAAGUUCCAUGGCCAACGCAUCCAUUACAUUCCAAAUCCAAAUGUAUCAGAGGCCGGUUGCCGUGGUGAGAUGGGAGAACAUCACCACCCUCACGUGCACGUCGUUCGGUUACCCUGCUCCUAAAAUCCUCUGGUACCAGUGCUCUGGAAUCCGAACCACGUGCAAUGAGAACGCAACAGGUCUCCAGAUGCCUGCUCCUCUCUUGGCCCAAACAGUCGAGGUCCAGAGGGAGGAGUAUGGAGCGGUCGAAGUCCAGAGCGUCCUGACAGUGGAACCGUCCGGCCAUAGGAUGACCGUGGAGUGUGUCGCCUUCAACCUGGUCGGAGUCGGUAAAGACACCUUCGCCAUGGAAGUUUCCAAUAUAAUGUUCACCUCCACUCUGUUGGGAGCAGCUGGUGUUCUGGCCUUUCUCCUCCUGCUACUCAUGGUCCUGCUCUACAAGUACAAACAGAAACCGAGAUAUGAGAUCCGGUGGAAGAUCAUCCAGGCCAGUGAAGGAAACAACUACACCUUUAUUGACCCAACUCAGAUGCCGUACAAUGAGAAGUGGGAGUUUCCCAGGGACAAGCUCAAGCUAGGAAAGAUCCUAGGAGCCGGGGCCUUUGGGAAGGUGGUGGAGGCCACAGCCUAUGGUCUAGGGGAGGACGACAACGCGAUGCGAGUGGCUGUAAAGAUGCUCAAAGCCAGGGCCCACUCGGAUGAGAGAGAGGCUUUGAUGUCAGAACUGAAGAUUCUGAGUCACCUGGGACAGCACAAGAACAUUGUCAACCUCCUGGGAGCCUGCACUCAGGCGGGACCUGUACUGGUGAUCACUGAGUACUGUAGUCAUGGCGACCUUCUGAACUUCCUGCGACACAAGCAGGAGACCUUCCUGAACUUUGUCAUGAACAUACCAGAGGUACCAGAAGAGACCAGUGACUACAAGAACCUCUGUGAGGGGAAACAGUUCAUCAGAAGUGAUAGUGGGAUAUCCAGUGUGUGUUCUGACAGCUACCUGGAAAUGAGGCCUGGUCCCCAGCCUGUCAACUCUUCUCUGGCAGACUCUGUGUGUGAGGAUGGUGGGCCGGACUCAUGGCCGUUGGACAUGGAGGACCUGCUGAGAUUCUCCUACCAGGUGGCUCAGGGCCUGGACUUCCUUGCAACCAGGAACUGUAUUCACCGGGACGUUGCAGCCCGGAACGUUCUCCUGACAGACCGCCGUGUGGCUAAGAUCUGUGACUUCGGACUGGCACGUGACAUCAUGAAUGACUCCAACUAUGUGGUGAAGGGCAAUGCGCGUCUGCCAGUGAAGUGGAUGGCUCCAGAGAGUAUCUUUGACUGUCUCUACACUGUCCAGAGUGACGUCUGGUCCUAUGGGAUCCUGCUAUGGGAGAUCUUCUCUCUCGGAAGGAGCCCCUACCCCAGUGUCCUGGUGGAUACUAAAUUCUACAACAUGAUAAAGUGUGGUUAUCAGAUGUCUCGACCAGACUUCGCACCUCCAGAGAUGUAUACAAUCAUGAAAAUGUGCUGGAAUCUAGCGCCAACAGAGCGACCGACCUUCAGCAAGAUCAGCCAGCUGAUUGAGAGAUUACUGGGUGAGCAGCCAGAACGUCCAGACCAGUGUUCUACUCUCCUGUCCCAGCAGCAGCAGGACAUGAUGGUUGAGGAGUUGGAGCUGUGUGAUGAUAAUGAUGAGCCUAAGUGUUGUGACGGCUCCUGUGACCAGCCGUGUGAGCACGAAGAGGAGGAGCAACCACUGGUGAAGACCAAUAACUAUCAGUUCUGCUGAAAGCAUAAUUCUAUUUCUAUGUCUGACACCUCCGACAUCAUCAAACUAUCCACAUUCUGAUCUGAAAUUCGUUCACUUUCUAUCUUCUCCAGCUCACUGUAGAAUCAUUCUGGGAGCACAGAGCCAGAGAAAUGAUAUUUUGUUCAAGCAAUGAAAAGCAAUUUUGACGCCCUGUUUUACACUGCAUACAGACAGGAAGCUGAGAGAGUCAUGUCAUGUGACUUGUUAUAUCCCAUGACAAGUUUUGAAAAAACAAAGGCCAGAAUGAAUCUAAUCACAGAUAGUGCCUUGGUUGUGUAACUAAUAUAUAUAUAAUGCCUUAUUUUACAUGAAUUACUCUUCUUUGUUGUAUGUUUUGGAGAUGAUCUUUUCAAUCUAUGCACCAAAGAUGCAUCUACCCUGACAGAACAGAUUGUGUUGCUCACAGCUUGUACAUUAUGUUCUUCUGUAGCCACUAUGGUGAGGGUUUAUCUAUUAUUUGUGGGAAAUGGGAGCGAAUGCUGGUGGUGUUUGAAUUGACAUUAGUCAGCGGGUUCACUUUCACAUUGUAGGGACUACCUUUUUUCAACAUGCUAUGCAGCAGCAAGACAGUAGUAAACAAUGCAAUUGUAUAAUUUCUGCGACAGUAUAUUUGAGCAUGUUCUAUGAUGGCUUAGUUUGAUGCUGGACGUAAUAACAUGAGAUACAAUCUAACUGGGGACCACAUUCCAUGUAUUGUCCUUCAGCCUAAACAAGCUGCAUGAAGCAUUGAAAUGGAUUUUGAGACGCUAUUUACAUCAAUUACAUUUAUCUUUAGCCGUAGUUGUUUCGUAUGGCAGUCACAAUAUCUUCUGUGUUACUCGCCCGUGGACAGAUUUACGCAGCUGACUAAAUGACGCAAGAUUUUAGUUGUGCGUUAACCUGUCUCUGUCUGGCUCCGGCGUUCCGCUAGCGGAACUCCUCCCACAUUCCACUGAAAAGGCAGAGCGCGAAAUUCAAAAGAAAUUCUUAUAGUAAUAUUUAACUUUCACACAUUCACAAUUCCAUUGCAGCAAUUGAAGAUACACAUUUUGUGAAUCCAGUCAACAUGUCCGAUUUUUAAAAUGUUUUACAGCGAAAACACCACAUAUAUUUAUGUUAGCUCACCACCAAAUACAAAAAAGGACAGACAUUUUUCACAGCACAGGUAGCAUGCACAAAGCCAACCUAACUAACCAAGAACCAACCAAACUAACCAAGAAACAACUUCAUCAGAUGACAGUCUUAUAACAUGUUAUACAAUAAAUCUAUGUUUUGUUCGAAAAAUGUGCAUAUUUGAGGUAUAAAUCAGUUUUACAUUUCAGCUACCAUCACAGCUACCGUCAGAAAUAGAACCGAAGCAGCCAGAGUAAUUACAGACACCAACGUUAAAUACCUAAAUACUCAUCAUAAAACAUUUCUGAAAAAUCGAUGGUGUACAGCAAAUUAAAGACAAACAUCUUUUGAAUCCAGCCAAUAUUUCCGAUUUUUUAAGUGUUUUACAGCGAAAACACAAUAUAGCAUUAUAUUAGCUUACUACAAUAGCCUACCACACUACCACAUUCAUUCAUCAAGGCACGUUAGCGAUAGCAAUAGGCACGUUAGCGAUAGGGAAUAAACCAGCAAAAGAUAUUAAUUUUCACUAACCUUCAUAAACCUUCAUCAGAUGACAGUCCUAUAACAUCAGGUUAUACAUACACUAAUGUUUUGUUCGAAAAUUUGCAUAUUUAGAGCUGAAAUCAGUGGUUAUACAUUGUGCUAACGUAGCAUCUUUUUCCCAGAAUGUGCGGAUAUUUUUAUGACACUCCAACUAUUCUGACCAAAUAACUAUUCAUAAACGUUACUAGAAAAUACAUGUUGUAUAGGAAAUGAUAGAUACACUAGUUAUUAAUGCAAUCGCCGUGUUAGAAUUCUAAAAAUAACUUCAUUACGACAUCCAGCUUAGGUAUAGCGAGAGAGUACCCAAAAUCUGGGCGCAAACGACUAGUACAACAUCUUCGACAGAUAUAUGAAAUAGCAUCAUAAAAUGGGUCCUACUUUUGAUGAUCUUUCAUCAGAAUGUUGUACAAGGGGUCCUUUGUCGGGAACAAUCGUUGUUUGGAUUUAGAAUGUCCUCUUCUCCAGUCAAUUAGCACGAAAUCUAGCAAAGUGGCGCUAAGCUCUCCUUCCUGAACAAAGGCACACAACGCAACACGCCUAACGUCCCAAAUAAAUUUCAAUAAUCUAAUAAAACUAUAUUGAAAAAACAUACUUUACGAUGAUAUUGUCACAUGUAUCAAAUCAAAUCAAAACCGGAGAUAUUAGACGUCCAUAACGACAGCUUAUCAGAAGGCAAAUCCAGGUCCCUUCACGCGCUCUCCAGAAAACAGGAAACUGGUGACACGUCAUGCCGAGAGCUAUUAUUCGACACCAGAUCAAGUUACACACUCCAUUUCUUCUCUCACUGCCUGUCGACAUCUAGUGGAAGACGUAUGAAGUGCAUCUAUUCUAAUAAAUAUCAAGGACAUUAAUAGGCAGGCCCUAGAACAGUGCAUCGAUUUCAGAUUUUCCACUUCCUAUCAGGAAGUUUGCUGCAAAAGGAGUUCUGUUUUACUCACAGAUAUAUUUCAAACGGUUUUAGAAACUAGAGAGUGUUUUCUAUCCAAUAGUAAUAAUAAUAUGCAUAUUGUACGAGCAAGAAUUGAGUACGAGGCCGUUUAAAUUGGGCAUGAUUUUCCUCCAAAGUGAAAACAGCGCCCUCUGUCCACAACAGGUUUUAAGCAAUAUUACUUCAGACUCAGCCAGUCGAUGGCAACAUGCGAUUGUCACAUCGACAUAUAGCCUGUAUGCUACAGUAGGGAAUGAAAGGCAGAUACAACUGUAUAAGGAAAUCUGUGGAUCACAGUAUGGACAACACAGAGGCUUUGUUUUUGACUGAUUCAAUCGAUUCUUUAUUUCUGUAACACUCAAUAUUUCUGAUGUUCAUUCAUUCGUCAGUUCAUCAUUUUCGGGGGGUCAAUUGUGCUGUAAAAAUGUUGAUUCGUUGUAUUGAAUGUAGAAUUCAGCUAAUACUGCCUACUGUAAGAGUGAAAAGAGUGAAAAGCCAUAUGUCAGCUGUAAAUCAGAAUUGUUGUAAGACAUUUACUCGGAUUGUCAGCAGCUAUUCUGAAUACUGAGCUGAAAGGAGAGAAAAGUAUGAGCUUUUUAUUAAAGGGAAAUGUAAAAAAAAAAAUUCAAAAAUUGCAUUUUCAUCACCUCCAGCACCACCCCAACAUCAACAUGUGAAAAUGGCUAAUUUCUAUGUUUUUUUUGUUGUAAAAAAGAUAAAGAUAAGUAUUUCCAAUGGCAUCAUUGGUGUGCAUAAUGUGAUUUUAAGCAUUUCUGAGUAGGCAUUGUAUUCUAAUUGCUUGAUGAUGUCAUUGGAAACACAGGCUGCCGUUACACGAUGCAACUUGCACGCACUUUUAGUUGCUUCUUCAUUGCUUCGUCAAAUAAUAAGCAACUCAUCUGCAACUUGGUUGCAGGCAACAGCCAAUCAAAACAAACACUUUUGUCACAUUAUCCAUUCGAAGGUUAGGAAUUCUGACCCAGUUGUCAUGUCAACACAGCUGUCAGUGCUGUGCAGCAUCAGUGGUCAAGGUUGACAGAACGGAGACUAGCACAACAGGAGAUGUAUACAAAUGAUUGUACAUGGUUUAGCAGUCAAUAAAUUAUAUUUCGAACAAAGAAUGUCCACCGUGAACUGUGCUAGCUAGCUAGCUGUGUUGGUGUUUGCAAUGUCAUUUUGGCUAGCUAACAAGCUAAAUUGUACAUAAUGCAUAUCUUCUAUAUCCUUGCUGUCACAAUAACCAAAUGGUUGGAUAAACAACUCAUUUGUGAAACCACAAUGUAAUGCAGCAGAAGACAUGGGGAGAGUUUAGAAUUCUCAAACAAGCAGCUUCAAUUUGAUUGGCUGUUGCAUGCAAUUUGAAUCACGUUUGAGUAGCUUCAUGUAACAGCAAAGUUGCUUGAGAUGUCACUUGCAACCUGCAACUGUAGCGAAAAUGUUGUGAAAUUUGCUUUGUCUAACUCCAGCGUUAUCUUCCACUAUUUUUUUUACUACAAAAUAUAGAAAAACACAAUUUUCACAUAUGGUGAUGUUGUGGUGGUGCUGGAGAUGAUGCAUAUGAAGUAGAAACAUUUUGAAAUGUCCCUUUAACUGUAUGUAUGAUAUACAUUGUGUAUACAAAACAGUAAGAACACCUGCUCUUUCCAAUGACAAACUGAACAGGUGAAAGCUAUGAUCCCUUAUUGAUGUCACUUGUUCAAUCCAAUUCAAAUCAGUAUAGAUGAAUGGGGAGGAAGGUUAAAGAAGGAUUUUUAAGCAUUGAGACAAUUGAAACAUGGAUUGUGUAUGUGUGCCAUUCAGAGGGUGAAUGUGCAAGACAACAAUGUGAGUGCCUUUGAACGGGGUAUGUUAGUAGGUGCCAGGUUCACCGGUUUGUGUCAAUAAUUGCAAUGCUGCCGAGUUUCAUGCUCAACAGUUUCCCGUGUGUAUCAAGAAUGGUCCACCACCCAAAGGACAUCCAGCCAACUUGACACAACUGUAGGAAGCAUUGGAGUCAACAUCCCUGUGGAAUGCUUGACACCUUGUAGAGGUGGGGAUGCAACUCAGUGUUAGGAAGGUGCUCCUAAUGUUUGGUAUAUUCAGUGUAAUGUAAAUGUUAUUUUUACUUUAUUGCUUGAAGGCAAAGGACACGUCCUUUGUGGGUUAACUUUUUAGUUUCUGCGAGGACAGUAACUACUUUCACAGACAAUGUGUCGAAAACUCUGAAACUUGAAUAAAUAUAUUUUUCUGGCUUUCCCCGGAAAUAUGUAAUUUUCCAUUUA